AUGGAGCUGGAGGAAGACCUGGUGCCCGGACAAGAUGAGAAAGAGAAGACAUCAGAGAAGAUGGAGCUGGAGGAAGACCUGGUGCCCGGACAAGAUGAGAAAGAGAAGACAACAGAGAAAAUGGAGCUGGAGGAAGACCUGAAAACGAAAAUGAACGUUCUACGUGGGCUUCUGAUCCUGACCCUCGGCUCAAAUCUCUGCUAUGGUCAAAAACUGGGGCAGACAGACAAAGACUGUAACUAUAUGACAUAUAGAAGUCAGAUCUUCACCACUUGUGGUCAGUCCUUACAUAGUCCAAGCAUAAUGGCAGAUAUCUUCUGUGGAGAAGAUGCAAAAUCCUACAACUUCUGUAAUUCUACUACAACUGCUAACUAUGUGCAACAGAACGGCUAUGUCAUCUGCUCCUGUAAGCCUGGUUUCAUUGGUAACGGGCAGGACUGUACGAGGAUGGCGUUUUGUGAUACAUUCCAGUGCUGUCCUCCCGGGUAUAACUGGGAUGUUAACAGGAAGUCAUGUGUGGACAUCAAUGAAUGUUCCUCCUCAACCCUGAACAAAUGCUCCCCAACAGAAACCUGCAUCAACCGCAAUGGCAUUUACCUCUGUUUGGCCAGCCCCACGGCCCUCUGUAAUGGUGCUACGUGUUCCAAGGACCAGGACUGCAUAAAAACCAAAAACGGUUAUCAAUGUGCUGAUCCCUGUGACUGGUAUGAUAUACUGAAUGGAGAUAGCCGAUUGUCCUCGACCAAUUCCUUCGGUAGAUUCAGCACUGACAGAUACAAUUUUGGCUGGUUCCGGUAUACUGGAAGAAGUACCAACAGCUUGAAAGUGGGACCCGUGUCACCUCUACAAUGUGGGUCGCUGGAACCGUAUUCUAUUAAUGGAACUCAUCCAAACAUUGGGGAUGGGAUACAGAGGAUGACCUUACUCAGCAAUACUCUGACUGGGACCAUAAAUGCUGGUACAGUUCCAGUAAAGGCCUGCCCCAGAGGAUACUACGUCUACAAGUUCUCAGGAAUGCUCAAGUUUGACGUCUACUGCACAGGUUCUGUGUUCCGCUCAGGUAUUGAUGACGUGUGUCUCUAG